AUGCCGGACCUCUUCUCGUCGACCUCCUCGCCCGAGGCGGACGGCACGGGAGCGCUGCCCCCAGCAAAGGCGCGCAAGGUCGGCUCGCCGAGCAUAGUGCGCGGUGCCGACGCGGCUCUGCUCGCGGCGGCGGCUAUGAAGGCGCGCUGGUCGUCGCUCGUGCUGGUGGAGGUGACGAGCACCUCUCCCGACUACAUCAAGCCGUGGAAGAUGCACUCGCAGCGCUCGUGCAAGGGCUCCGGCUUCGUCAUCGAGGGCGGCCGCAUCCUCACAAACUACCACGUCGUGCAGGAUGCGAUUGACGUUCGGCUCCGCAAGCACGGCGUCUCUCGGCGGUGGCGCGGCACGGUGCUGGCGCGGGGGCCGGACGUCGACCUCGCGCUGCUGGCCGUGCAUGAGGACGAGGAGGGCCGCGGCGACUCCUUUUGGAACGGCGUGACGCCCGCCGUCUGGAGCCGUCGAGGAGCCUCCCCGUAG